CUCUCCUUUCAGCGGAGCAAUCUCUUUCCUCAUCCGUCUCAUCUUGCCCAUCCCUUCCUUCCUUCAUCAUCCCUUUAUCCACUUGUCCUCAUCCUCACCUUCAUAUUUCACUUGUACCUGCGUAACACUAGCCCUUUCUCUUGUCGCCAGUGACGAAACCACAAAGACUUGACUGACCCAUUCAAUCUCUACCACCCCUUCUAGCGCACUCUCCUUCUCACUCGCUCGCUCACUCCUUCUCGACCAAACUGCAUGAACACUCCCCAUUCGUUUCUCGAGCUCUUAUUUCCUCUCGAUUACCAAUUUUUUAAUACUCCGUCUCACCUUGUCAUCAGUACAUUGCGCACUUUCUCAUUCGAACCCAUCAUCCAAUGGAAGAUCAGGAUCCCGUCUGUCUGGGCUGUCACAGCUCUAUUGAAGAGGGCAGCGUAGUCGCCUUUGGAGAGGGACUAUGGCAUGUUCAAUGCUUCCGGUGCGCAAAAUGCAAGCUCAGGGUCGAGUGCGACAGCAACCUGCUCUUGCUCUCAGAUGGCAGCCCCAUCUGUGAGCAGUGCUCGUACAGCUGCAGCUUCUGUCGGAGGCCUAUCCUCGACGAGGCUAUCAUGACUGGCGACGAGGCAUACCAUGCUGACUGUUUCCGAUGCACACAAUGCGACUCCAAGAUCGAAGACCUGGUGUUUGCAAAGACAUCACAGGGUAUAUACUGUAUGAAAUGUCAUCAGGAACGCAAGGAAGCUAAACGCCAGCGAGAGCGAGAAGAGCGCGAACGCAUGGAGCGCGCCGAGAGGGCAAUGGAGAAAUCACUGCCAACAAUCCCUGAAUCAGAGCACAAGCAGCCUCAUGAAUCCCAAUCCCCAAGGCCAAACAGUAAUCCGGCCAGCCGGUAUCACCAACCAGAACCGGUCCCCGACAGACGCGCUCAACCCGACAUGACACGACCUCAACAGCCCAUACAGUCCAAUCGCUAUGGCACUAAUGGCUACAAUAAUGCACAAUCUGGGCCUACGCCUCGCUCAGAUAGUCGUCCAAAGCCAAACGGUACUGGCCUUCCCUCUCUCGAUGUUGGACCACCAUUCCUUCCACCGCUUCUUUUCGGAUUGGAUGAAGCUGUAACCAGUGGAUUUGAUUUGGGAGACAUGCUGAGCGAAUCUGAAAAGGAUAGCAAGGGCUCAUCCCCUUCAACACCCUCGUCCAAGGAUGUGGAGCUGGUCAAUGGACAGGACCGCGGCUCGUACAGGUUGAGCAUCGCCCGCGCAGAUGCGCGUUUGAGUACAUCAACUUUGACCUUAACCGAGAAGCCUAGCUUUGGAGACGGACUCAAGCCUCUCUCCUCUUCGUCUUCUUCCAUGUCUGAGGUCUCGGGAUCUACAUCUAUCACUGCUCCCAAACGCAUAUCUGAUCGCUUCCUUAACCCGAUGCCCCAUUCACCAGCGACCUCCGAGCCAUCAGAGGAGAAUAUGAACCCAGCAGAAGCUGCUGUACUAAUCCGAGAGCUGCGCGUUGAGCUGGCCAAGUAUAACCCUAUGAGCCCUCUGAUCCAUGGAACGCCCCAGCAAGAAUAUGGACUUUUGCACGAAAAGAUUGAGAAACUGACGCAGAAACAUACACAGCUUGAGAAAGCUGUACGAGACCUGUACAUCGAAAAGGAUUUGCUGGGAAUGGAUCUUGAGGCAAUGAAUGAGGAGCUCAGAACGAAAGAGGAGGCCAUUGCAAGUAACGACCUAGACAAAUUGCAGCCCUCAAUGCCCCUAACUUCCAACCCUCGCAUGAGCACCAGCCAUGAUUUCAUGAAGCAAGCCUAUCAGUCAGAGGUGAAGGCGCUUCAGGAGCAGAAGGAGCGUCUGCAGCGUGAGAUUCAGACGUACGUCGAGCAGCGCGAUGGUGUUCUUGAUGAAAUGCAGAUCCUCAGUGUUCGCAACGCCGAGCUAUCGACCAUGAACAAUGACAUGAUGAGGGAAAUGUAUGAGCGCAAAGACAACAAGCCAACACCUCCGGCAGCACCAUCCUCAACUGCCAACGCCGGCGGGGGCUGGUUCUCCUCAGGCAAAAGGAGGCAGCGGCAGGUGAGCGGAGGCAGCCAACAGGAACUCAAGGCGCCUCAGCUGGCAGUUGCACGCAGCAGCGAUUCGACCUAUUCGUUCAACUCGACCAAUUCGGACGAUCCAUUGCGUAGCAUCAGGAAUAAAAGGGAAGAGAUCCAAGAGGACAUCUUUGGCGAAGAGAUCAUCUCACCCAAAAAGUUCAACUGGAAGAAAGGCGCAAUGAACACUCUCGGCGCGGGUGCCAGCACGGUGAAGUCGGUUGGCGCCAUGUUCGGAAAGCUGAUGGUCGAGGGCCCAGGCUACGGUGCCGAGGCAACUAACGGUAGGAACGGCCAGAUGAUGUCAGACACAGGAAGUAGCAACGGACAGAUCCUCCCCCCUACAAGGUCUUUUUCCGUCAACAGCGAGACCGGCUCUAUCAACGGACGCUCCACAGAGCAGCACUACUUUAUCCAGUACAACUACCUCAAGCCAGUGCGGUGCGAUUGCUGCGACGACAAGUUGUGGGGCCGAGAAUACAGGUGUCGCGGAUGCGGGUUCCAGAUUCACAGCCGGUGUACUAACGAGAUCGUGCCAGCCUGCUCUGGCAAGUUGAAGGAUUCAGAUUCUUCGAGCCUUCGCAACUUCCCUGCCAGCGGUAGCGGCGGCAGCAGCUACGGAGCUCCACCCUCCCCGCCCGCUAAGCAGAUCAUGUUUGGUAACAAUCUGCUGGAUCAACUCGAGCUCGAGCAACGAGACAUCCCUCUUGUGGUCGAGAAAUGUAUCGAGGCCGUAGAUCAGAGAGGUCUAGAUGUUGAGGGUAUCUACCGUCGCUCGGGUAUGGCUGCCGAAGCACGACAGCUCGUUCAGGCGUAUGAUGUUGGACUUUACCCUGACUUGAUGGACUCCUCACUAUAUCAGGAUAUUUGCUCCAUCACCUCCGUGUUGAAGCAGUACCUCCGUAGCUUGCCUGAGCCCCUUGUGCCUUACGACCUGUACACCGAAUUCUUGGACGCCGUAGGCUUGCCACACAAUGAGGCAAAGUUCCAAGUCUUCCACGAUCUCCUGGACCGCAUGCCCUAUGCUCACUACCUGACGCUCAAGGUGCUGCUCGAGCAUCUAAACAGAGUCACUGAGCUGGAGAGCGUAAACUUGAUGCAUGCCAAGAACUUGUCUGUAGUCUUUGGUCCAACACUGAUGAGGAACCCAGAUCCGAGCAGAGAGAUCAUGGACAUGUCCUACAAGAACAUGACUGUCGAGUUCUUGAUUGUCAAUACCUCGGAGUUGUUUAUCAGGAGCGAGAGGCCUUCGUUCAGUAGUGCGACUAACGAAAUCAACAAUGGUGCAGGACAGAACGGUCAGACUGGUAUUGACACAGCGUCGCCAGCAUCGCCAUCAUCCGCUGCCGCGCCAGCAGCUGCACCUGCAUCUUCGACCGCAGCACCCGCAGUCGUGCCAGUGGCAGCGGCAGCAUCACCAGCGAUGAAUGGAUCGCCGAACGGAUUUACAGGUCAACGUCAAGGAUCGGUCGGAAGUCUUAGCCAGAACCCAGCACCUCCUCCACGUCGUAUGCCUGGCCAUGUACCGUCCCCAGUGAUGUCACAGGAGAAUGGUAUAUUUACACCAGUAUUACCACCCCGAUCGAGCUCUGGUGACGCUAUACCGACCAUGGGCCAUCUUCAACAACAACAACAACAACAACAACAACAGCAGCAACAACAACAACAGCAACAACAGCAACAACAACAACAACAACAACAGCAGCAACAACAUUUCCAUCAGCAGCAACACCAGUACCAAUACCAGCAGCAAUUCUAUCGUCCACAGCAGUUCCAGCCGCCUCAGCAUCAAACACUGCAACAGUUGAAGCAACGCGACCAGCAGCAACGUGAGCAGCAGCAGCGCGAGCGUGAACACCAGCAACGUGAACAACAACAGCGCGAGCAGCAGCAGCGCGAACAACAACAACAACAACGAGAUAACGACGUUGAUUUCGAGCAUCAGCAGCAGCAGCAGACGUCUAUCUCUGGAACCCCUCAGCAGUCUGCAUCCACCAGCCCUGCACAGUCCCAGCCUCCAGCAUCGACGCUGACUGCCAUUGUGCAGGAACAACAGCACCAGCAUGCCAACCCUGAGAUCGAUAUGAGCAACUUCCCGUAGGGCAUUCAUGAU